UGCGCAUUUAUCACAAUCAGUUAUCGCCGACGGCAGUUGAUUGUGGUUACUCUCAUCACAAAAUUAUUAUUUUUUUCUGAUAUUCUUUUACCAAUUUUCCCACAGCGCAAUAUUUAUUCCCAUAAAAUAAAAAGAAAUAAAAAAAACUUUUUGGAUUCCCCUUUAGAUUUGCUUCCUAAUCAAUUUAUAUCUGCUCUAAAUUAAUCCUUUUUUCUUUAAAAGUUAUUUUAAAAGAUUAAAAAUAAAUAGAGAUCUUCUUAAAAAUCUUCCUAAAAUUCUCCAAAAAUUCUUCCUAAAUUCUUCCUAAAUUCUUCAAAAAACUUCCUAAAAUAUUCCUAAAAUAUUCUCUCCCUUUUCUGAAAUAUUCCCCUUCGUUAUGGGCAACAUUUUAUGCCAAAAGGAUGUUAGCCCUGCUCCUGGCAGUCGAAAAGGAGUGGAAAAACGCAAUACAGUCUUGAAGAAAGUCCGCAGCCUAAUGGAGGAAAGACGAAGACGUUUCUCUACUGCUCAGCAGAUUAACCCAGACACGUUAAAAGUAAUUAAAAAGGCAGCUAAUCGUUUAGAAAGCAUUGCUGACACAAAAGAAGAGCCUGAUAACAAAGAGCAAGUCUAUGAGAGAAAACAUUCAAUUCAACAAACAGUUACUUCCAAAUUGGGAAGCUUGGCAUUAUUCAAAGACGAAGAUGAGGAUGAUAUUUCUACAGCUGGUGGAGGUGCUUCAUUUAUCUCAGCCUAUACAACCCCCGGCCCUAAAGAAAGGGCAACGUGUGCAAAGAAGAAAGCAAACCUUGGCGUCAUGUUUGGGGUGUAUCUACCAACAAUUCAGCACAUUUUGGGGGUUACUAUGUUCAUCAGACUGUUUUGGGUUGUUGGGGUUGCUGGUGUUUGGCAUACAAUGUUGCUUUUAUUUUUGUGUUGUACCUGUACUUUACUUACAUGUAUCUCAUUAUCUGCUGUUGCUACAAACGGCGUAGUAGAAGGCGGUGGCGCUUACUUUAUGAUUUCUCGAAAUUUGGGUGCUGAAUUUGGCUCUGCUGUUGGAAUUCUCUUUUAUUUGGCAAAUACAGUUGCUACCUCUAUGUACUUGGUCGGUGGUGUUGAAGUCUUCCUUUUAUAUAUUUAUCCAAGCUUAACAAUUGGGGGAGAAGAGGUUCACUCUGACACUGGAAUGCUUGGAAUGAUGUCUAACAAUUAUAGAAUUUAUGGCACCCUUUUAUUAUUAAUUGAAUGUGUAAUUGUUGCGCUUGGAGUUAGAUUUGUUCAACUCCUUGCCCCAGUUUCUCUUCUUUGUGUUAUACUUUCCAUCAUGGCAUGUUUUGCUGGAGGAAUUGAAAAAGCAAUUACAUACAAUGGACAACAUGUGUGUAUGUUAGAAGACCAUCUAUUAAGUUCUCGCGUUUUGAAUAUUCCACAUCAUGAAGAUAUUGCUAAUAUUUGUGAUUAUUGCAAAAAAGGAGAUCAUAUCGCUGACGAAUUCUGUGAAGGAAACGCUACAACAGAAGUAUGUCAAACCUAUACCGGAGGCAAUCUUCGAUGUGUCAACGCCUUUCCUGGAUUUAAUUCUUUGAUUUUGACACAAAACAUGGAUUCAGUUUAUCUUCAAGCAGGACAAGCAAUCUUACGUGAACGAGUGGCUGAUAAAGCACGAGAAGUAUAUCAAGAUGUUACAACCUCAUUCUUUCUUCUUUUAGCUAUUUAUUUUCCUGCAGUGACAGGAAUAAUGACGGGGGCUAAUAUGAGCGGAGAUUUAAAAGACCCUCAGAGAAGUAUUCCCUCUGGCACAGUUGCAGCAACGCUGACUACCUCUUUUAUUUAUGUUGCUUUAGCAAUUCUUUUUGGUGCUUCUAUUAUUGGGCCAGUUCUUCGUGAUAAAAAUGGAAAAAGCCUCGAUGGAAGCUUGGUUGUUGCUUCACUUUCUUGGCCAUCCCCUUGGGUUGUUAUCGUUGGCUCUUUUCUUUCUACGUUUGGUGCUGCUUUACAAUGCCUUUGCAGUGCUCCUCGUCUUUUACAAUCAAUUGCUAAGGAUAAUGUGAUUCCAAUGCUUUCUCCUUUUGCUAGAGUUACAAAAAAUAAUGAGCCUUUUCUCGGUCUUUUAAUUACUACAUUUAUUGCUGAAUUGGCUAUUUUAUUAGGAGCGGUAGACGCAAUUGCUGAAGUUUUGGACUUUUUCUUUUUGAUGUGUUAUGCCUUUGUUAAUUUAAUUUGUGCUUUGCACUCUUUAAUGGGUGCUCCAAAUUGGAGGCCAAGAUUUAAAUAUUAUCAUUGGUCGCUUUCACUUGCUGGUGCUUUUCUUUGUUUCUUUAUAAUGUUUGCCUCGUGUUGGUAUUAUGCAUUAAUUGCUUGUGCCUUAACUGGAACAAUAUAUAAAUAUGUUGAGUGGAAAGGUGCCAAACAAGAAUGGGGUGAUGGCCUUAGAGGAUUAGCAUUAACAACAGCACAAUAUAGUUUAAUGAAGGUUGAAGAUAAAGAUCCUCAUCCAAAAAAUUGGAGACCUCAAUUACUUAUUCUCGUUGAUGGAAAAUAUUCAAAAGAAAUGAUUGAUUUGCGUUCUUUAAAUUUAUUAAAUUUGGCUGGUCAAUUAAAAGCUGGGAAAGGACUUGCAAUUACUGUCGCCUUUGUUCGUUGUCCAGCAACACGUGGGAUGCAUGCAGAAAAUCGUAAAAAAGCAGAAGAAAUUAAAGAAAGAGUUCAACAGGAUAUGACACAAGCAAGGCUUAGAGGUUUUGGGAAAGCACUUCUCUACACAGAAACACAGAUUGAGGGUGCUGUUUCUGCUCUCUAUCAAAGUAUAGGAAUUGGUGGACUUAGGCCAAACACUGUAUUCCUCAAUUUUCCAAGAAUGGGAGAAAAUCAGGAUCAACAUACUGAACAAAUGAUUUUUGCAGAACAAUUAUGUUGUGGUGCUCAAAAUGAUAAUUGUAUGGUUGUUGUUAAAGGAAUAACAGACUUUCCUCGUCCUAAUGAUAGACUUAGAGGUUAUCUUGAUAUUUGGUGGAUUGUACAAGAUGGGGGUAUUUUAAUGCUUAUUGCGUAUUUAUUGCAACAACAUAAAGUAUGGAAAGGAUGUAAAAUGCGUGUUUACGUGAUUUCUCAAACUGAAGAACAGAAUGAAGAAAUUAAGCAUGCAUUACAAAGACAUAUUUAUAUGUUGCGAAUUGAUGCUAAUGUAUUCAUAGUAAAUAUGAUUGAUCCAGAUAGCGUAGACGAUGACGCAGUUCAAAAAACUUUAAAUAUGGAGCAAAGGACAAGAACACUUUUAAAAAAAAAUUUAUCAAAUCUUUCAAAUGGAGGAAUGCUAAAUGGAGGAUUUUUGCCAGAUGAUAGUGGUCGUGUAACCCCACAAACUAGAAAUAGUGCAAAUAAUACUUUAGCAGUUCCAGGACAGCAACAAAUAAGACAAUCAAUUAUUGAAACGAGUUUUAUUCAAAAAACAUUUGAAGGAAUGGAUAAUCAAGACACUUUAAAUAGUUCUGAUCAAAUUAGUUUGAAAGAUAUUGAUGAUGUAAAGGUGAUUCUGGAAUAUUCAACAGAAAGUCAAUUAGUUUUGCUUUCAUUACCAAAACCACCAAAAUCGAUUCAAUCUUUAGUAGAGAAUUACUUAGCCUAUGUUGAAGCUUUAACUGAAGGUCUUCCAAGAAUAAUGUUAAUUGGAGGUUCUGGUAAAGAAGUUAUUACUGCUGAUUCUUAAGAUUUUGAAUAAUUUUUUAUAUGAAUCUUUUAUUUACUACAGUCGAACCUCACUAUUG